GCCGCGCCUCGCCCGGAGCGGCCCCGCGGGGCGGGAGCUGCCGGGGCCACCAUGGGCCGGGGGGGGCCGUAGGGAGCCGCUUCGCAGGGGGACCCCCCCUUCCCCUCGCUGACGCUGGAGGAGAAGGGAGGGAAAGACAGAAAAAGGAGAAAAAUCCCAGCGAAACCCUCCCCAAACCGGAGCCGCGGAGAAGGCGGCGGCGCCGGCUGGAAAAUGCAUCUUCCUCGGAGCUGCGUCCUCCUCCUCCUCCAGGGCAGCAUCGCGCUGCUGGUGUUCUGCGCUCCAGAGGACCCCGGGAAAGGCGCGGAUCCAGGCGAGCCCCCGGCCCGCGGGAGAGCCCCGGGGCCGAAGCUGCGGGAGCUGCUCUUCCCAAAGCCCCUCCCGAGCCUGAGCCCGGCCCCGCCGCAGAACCGGACCCUCCCCGGGCUGGGCAGCGGCUCCCGGGAGCUCGGGGCAGCCCUGGAGGGCCGGGCCGGGCGGGACCUCGGCCCGCGGGCACAGCGGGACCCGCGGCCGGCCCCGGGCACGCUGCAGAAGCUUUUCGGCUGGGGCGACUUCUACUCCAACAUCAAGACGGUGAAGCUGAACCUGCUGAUCACGGGCAAGGUCGUGGAUCACGGCAACGGCAGCGUCAACGUCUUCUUCCAGCACAACUCCACGGGCCACGGCAACAUCUCCGUGAGCCUCGUGCCCCCCACCAAGGCCGUGGAGUUCGACCUGGAGCAGCAGAUCUUCAUCGAGGCCAAGGAGUCCAAGGUGUUCAACUGCCGCGUGGAGUCGGAGCAGGUGGCCCGGGCCAGGAAGACCUCGCUGUGCACCUUCGACCCCGCCAAGACGUGCUCGCAGGAGCACACGCAGAGCCGCGCGGCCUGGCUGUGCUCGCAGCCCUUCCGGGCCGUGUGCGUCUACAUCACCUUCUACAGCAGCGACUACCGCCUGGUGCAGAAGGUGUGUCCCGACUACAACGCCCACAGCCGCCGGCCCUACUUCCCCUCGGGAUGAGCCCCGCGCCGCGACUCCCGCCAUCCCCGGGCAGCGAUUCCCGGGGCUGCGAUUCCCGGGCAGCGAUUCCCGGGCAGCGAUUCCUGGGGCUGCGAUUCCCGGGGCUGCGAUUCCCGGGCAGCGAUUCCCGGGCAGCGAUUCCCGGGCAGCGAUUCCUGGGGCUGCGAUUCCCGGGCAGCGAUUCCUGGGGCUGCGAUUCCCGGGCAGCGAUUCCCGGGCAGCGAUUCCUGAGGCUGCGAUUCCCGUGAUUCCCGGGCAGCGAUUCCCAGGACGCAAUUCCCAGUCCGCGAUUCCCGGGCAGCGAUUCCCAGGCAGCGAUUCCCGGGCAGCAAUUCCUGGGGCUACAAUUCCUGGGGCUGCGAUUCCCGCGAUUCCUGGGCCGCGAUUCCCGGGGUCCUGCAGGCGCCGGGGGCGGGGGAAGGGAUGGGGGUGGCUUUGGAGCGGGGAAUGCUCCCUGGAAAAGGCAGGCGUGGAAGGAAGAGGAGAAUUUCCCGUUUUCCCCGGUGGGAAGAGGGGCAGCGGCAGCGGCAGACCCGGCCCCGGGGUCUGCAGAGCCCGGGAUGUGGAGCAAGGGCUGGAUUUGGGAUGUGGGAACAGCACAGAGAGCCACGGUCGGGACUCGAGUUCCUCAGUGCAAAAAUGGAUCGGCCUGGAUUGGGGUUGGUGAUUCCAGGUAAAGAGGGCUCCGGAGGAAGGGUCGCAACCCCUGGAGACCGGGAAGAGCUCGGGAAAAGGGGGGGAAAAGUCACCUGAUGGUGCCACCUGUCCCUGGGCACCCCUCGGCUCCCCCAGGUCCCGGCUCUGCAGGAGCUGGGGAUGAGCUCUCCCAUCCCAAAGGCUCCCGGGAUGGAAGCGAGCCGGGACGGGCAGGGGGGGCUCUCCCCACGCCAGGCCGGUGCCGCGGGGGGAGUUUGGGGACUCGGAGCUGCAUUCCCGGGCAGAGCAAUCCCGGCGGAGCGGGUCCGGUGUGCGGGCACAGCGAGGGAUCCACGCGGCUCCCCCGGGUGCUGAUUCACGCCCUGCUUCCCCCCCCCCAUCCCCUCCCUGCCCCGACGCCUGCCCGGGCCUGUCUGGAUCCCUGCCCGGAUCCCUGCCCAGAUCCCAGUCCCGAUCCCUGCCCAGAUCCCAGUCCUGAUCCCUGCCCGGACCCCUGCUCGGAUCCCAGUCCCAAUCCCUGCCCAGAUCCCAGUCCUGAUCCCUGCCCAGAUCCCUGCCCAGAUCCCAGUCCUGAUCCCUGCCCGGAUCCCAGUCCUGAUCCCUGCCCAGAUCCCAGUCCUGAUCCCUGCCCAGAUCCCUGCCUGGAUCCCAGUCCCGAUCCCAGUCCCAAUCCCAGUCCCGAUCCCUGCCCGGAUCCCAGUCCUGAUCCCUGCCCAGAUCCCAGUCCUGAUCCCUGCCCAGAUCCCAGUCCCGAUCCCUGCCCGGAUCCCUGCCCGGAUCCCAGUCCCGAUCCCUGCCCGGAUCCCUGCCCGGAUCCCUGCCCAGAUCCCAGUCCCGAUCCCUGCCUGAUCCCAGUCCCGAUCCCUGCCUGGAUCCCUGCCCGGAUCCCAGUCCCGAUCCCUGCCCGGAUCCCAGUCCUGAUUCCUGCCCGGAUCCCUGCCCCGAUCCCUGCCCCGCUCCCAGCCCCCAGCACCGCCGUUCCCGGGCAGAGGGGUGGGAAGGGGAGCUCAGGGCCGGGAUUUCAUUCCCAGGGAAGGAACAGAAACUUCCCCGUGCCGUCGGGGGAGGGAAUAAAGCGCUCACGGUG